CUCUCUUAUCCUUUUCAUCAAAAUUGUUUUUCUGGGUCCUUUUUCUCUUUCAUCACUUGUUGAUUUGCUUGCUGUGUUGUGUUCCUAAAAUGAUGAAGUGUUUCCACGUAUUUAAGCACAAGUGCAAGUCCAGGCGGCGCGCCGAAUCGGCGCCGGAAUUGAGCCAGAAAAGUAGAGCAGCAGAUCAAAAUUCAGGUUCGAAUAACCGUGUAUCUAAAUCCACUGGUUCGAUUUCAUCGCCACGUAGCAUACCGGAAAUGUACAGAGAAAAAGAGCAUAAUCUGAGGGUGUUUUCUCUGUCAGAGCUCAGAGAAGCAACCAACAAUUUCAAUAAGUUGCUCAAAAUUGGUGAAGGUGGUUUUGGGAGUGUUUAUAAGGGCUCUAUUAAGCCUCCUUUGGGUCUUAAUUCUGCUAUUCCCACCAUUGUUGCUAUUAAGAAACUCAAUACUCAAGGCUUGCAGGGACACAAGCAAUGGGUUGCGGAGGUACAAUUCCUAGGAGUGGUGGAUCACCCGAAUCUUGUAAAGCUUUUAGGAUAUUGUUCGGUCGAUGGAGAAAGAGGAAUUCAGCGGCUAUUAGUUUACGAGUACAUGCAUAAUAAAAGCUUGGAAGAUCAUAUUUUCAACCGUGCUGUGCCUACUGUUCCUUGGAUAACCAGACUCAACGUUAUCCUUGGUGCCGCUCAAGGAAUGGCCUAUCUGCACGAGGGUUUGGAAGUCCAGGUGAUAUAUAGAGAUUUCAAAUCCUCUAAUGUACUUCUGGACAAGGACUUCACUCCCAAGCUCUCCGAUUUUGGGCUCGCGAGGGAGGGCCCCACAGGGGACCGCACUCAUGUAUCUACUGCGCCUGUGGGGACAAGGGGAUACGCAGCACCGGAAUACGUAGAGACGGGGCAUUUGACAGUGAAGAGCGACAUAUGGAGCUUUGGUGUUGUGCUGUACGAGAUACUCACUGGAAGGCGGACUUUGGAGCGGAACCUUCCAGCUGGCGAGCGGAAGCUUCUAGAAUGGGUCAAACAGUUUCCGGCCGACAGUAAAAGGUUUAGCAUGAUAAUGGACUCACGUCUCCAAAAUCAGUAUUCGCCAAACGCUGCUAGGAGAAUCGCUAAAUUGGCCGAUAGCUGCCUUGUAAAAAACCCAAAAGAUCGGCCGACUAUGGGUCAAGUAGUUGAGAUAUUGAAGCAAGCAACGGAAGAGUCGCAAGGAGGGAAUUCUUCGCGCGUGCCUUAGGCAAGUGCCCCUAUUUUUUUCUGGAUUUUUAUUUGCA